GGGCCUGGAGCUGGCAUGGCUGCAGGGCCGCUAGGCUCGGAAGACCUGCUAUGUAGCUGGGACCGUCUGGUGUGGGGACUGACUUCCCGGGUGCUGAGGACGUGUCGAGGGGGACACCUUCGGGUCCUGCAGCUGAUGCUGAAACCAUGGUGCAUCUCCAGGGCUGUCUACCAGAUGACGGAGGGCCGUCGAUGUCAAGUACAUCUUCUUGAUGACAGGAAGCUGGAACUCCUAGUACAGCCCAAGCUUUUGGCCAAGGAGCUGCUGGACCUUGUGGCCUCUCACUUCAAUCUGAAGGAAAAGGAAUACUUUGGAAUAGCCUUCACAGAUGAGACGGGACACUUAAACUGGCUUCAGCUGGAUCGAAGAGUAUUGGAACAUGACUUCCCCAAAAAGUCAGGACCGGUGGUUUUAUACUUUUGUGUCAGGUUUUAUAUUGAAAGCAUCUCAUACCUAAAGGACAACGCUACCAUCGAGCUCUUCUUUCUGAAUGCUAAGUCCUGUAUCUACAAGGAGCUGAUCGAUGUUGACAGUGAAGUGGUGUUUGAAUUGGCCUCCUAUAUUUUACAGGAGGCAAAGGGAGAUUUUUCUAGCAAUGAGGUGGUGAGGAGUGACUUGAAGAAGCUGCCAGCGCUUCCCACUCAAGCCCUGAAGGAGCACCCUUCCCUGGCCUACUGCGAGGAUCGAGUCAUUGAACACUACAAGAAACUGAACGGCCAGACCAGAGGUCAAGCAAUUGUGAACUACAUGAGCAUCGUGGAGUCUCUCCCGACCUAUGGGGUUCACUAUUACGCAGUGAAGGACAAGCAGGGGAUACCAUGGUGGCUGGGACUGAGCUACAAAGGAAUCUUCCAGUAUGACUACCACGAUAAAGUGAAGCCAAGGAAGAUAUUCCAAUGGAGACAGUUGGAAAACCUGUAUUUCAGAGAGAAGAAAUUUUCCGUGGAAGUUCAUGACCCCCGCAGGGCUUCAGUGACAAGGAGGACGUUUGGACACAGCGGCAUUGCGGUGCAUACGUGGUACGCAUGUCCGGCUUUGAUCAAGUCCAUUUGGGCUAUGGCCAUUAGCCAACACCAGUUCUAUUUGGACAGAAAGCAGAGUAAGUCUAAAAUCCAUGCCGCACGAAGCCUGAGUGAGAUCGCUAUUGACCUAACCGAGACCGGCACGCUGAAGACCUCCAAGCUGGCCAACAUGGGGAGCAAAGGGAAGAUCAUCAGUGGCAGCAGCGGGAGCCUCCUGUCAUCAGGUUCUCAGGAAUCCGAUAGCUCUCAGUCGGCCAAGAAAGACAUGCUGGCUGCCUUGAAAUCCAGGCAGGAGGCUCUGGAGGAAACGCUUCGCCAGCGGCUAGAGGAACUGAAGAAACUCUGUCUUCGAGAAGCUGAACUGACAGGCAAGCUGCCCGUUGAAUAUCCCUUGGAUCCGGGGGAGGAACCACCCAUUGUUCGAAGAAGAAUCGGGACAGCCUUCAAGCUGGAUGAACAGAAAAUCCUGCCCAAGGGAGAGGAGGCCGAGCUGGAACGCCUGGAACGAGAGUUUGCCAUUCAGUCCCAGAUUACAGAGGCCGCCCGCCGCCUCGCCAGUGACCCCAACGUCAGCAAAAAACUGAAGAAACAAAGGAAAACCUCUUAUCUGAAUGCACUGAAGAAGCUGCAAGAGAUUGAAAAUGCCAUCAAUGAGAACCGCAUCAAGUCCGGGAAGAAACCCACUCAGCGGGCUUCCCUCAUCAUUGCCGAUGGAAAUAUUGCCAGUGAAGACAGUUCCCUCUCAGACGCCCUUGUGCUAGAGGAUGAAGACUCUCAGGUCACCAGCACACUGUCCCCCUUACAGUCUCCUCACAAGGGACUCCCUCCUCGGCCACCGUCACACAACAGGCCCCCCCCUCCCCAGUCCCUGGAGGGACUCCGGCAGGUGCACUAUCACCGCAAUGACUACGACAAGUCCCCCAUAAAGCCCAAAAUGUGGAGCGAGUCCUCUUUGGAUGAGCCUUACGAGAAGGUCAAGAAACGUUCCUCCCACGGCCAUUCCAGCAGCCACAAGCGCUUUCCCAGCACAGGGAGCUGUGCGGAAGCCGGAGGGGGCAGCAACUCCCUGCAGAACAGCCCUGUCCGCAGCCUCCCCCCCUGGAACUCCCAGUCCAGCAUGCCAUCUACACCAGACCUCCGGGUCCGGAGUCCCCACUAUGUUCAUUCCACGAGGUCGGUGGACCUCAGCCCCACGCGGCUGCACAGCCUCGCCCUGCACUUUAGGCACCGGAGCGCCAGCUUGGAGUCCCAGGGCAAGCUCCUGGGCUCGGAGAACGACACGGGCAGCCCCGACUUCUACACCCCACGGACUCGUAGCAGCAACGGCUCGGACCCCAUGGACGACUGCUCCUCCUGCACCAGCCACUCGAGCUCAGAGCACUACUACCCGGCGCAGAUGAACGCCAACUACUCGACGCUGGCCGAGGACUCGCCGUCGAAGGCGCGCGCGCGGCAGCGGCAGCGGCAGCGGGCGGCCGGCGCUGGNCUGGCCGGCGGCGACGAGGGCGACGCGGGCCGCCUGACGCCGUCGCGCUCGCAGAUACUGCGGACUCCGUCGCUGGGCCGCGAGGGCGCCCACGACAAGGGCGCGGGUCGCGCCGCCGUCUCGGACGAGCUGCGCCAGUGGUACCAGCGCUCCACGGCCUCGCACAAGGAGCACAGCCGCCUGUCGCACACCAGCUCCACCUCCUCGGACAGCGGCUCCCAGUACAGCACCUCCUCCCAGAGCACCUUCGUGGCGCACAGCAGGGUCACCAGGAUGCCCCAGAUGUGCAAGGCCACGUCAGCUGCCUUACCUCAAAGCCAGAGAAGCUCAACACCGUCAAGUGAAAUCGGAGCGACGCCCCCAAGCAGUCCCCACCAUAUCCUAACCUGGCAGACUGGAGAAGCAACAGAAAACUCACCCAUUAUGGAUGGGUCUGAGUCUCCAACUCACCAAAGCACUGAUGAAUAGAGGAGCUACACUGACAGCUGUUUCCUGGAUUCCUCCCUCUAUCCAGAGCUAGCCGACGUGCAGUGGUACGGGCAGGAGAAAGCCAAGCCCGGGACCCUCGUGUGAGCCAGCCGGCCUCACUCUGACCGCCUCAACGCCAUUCAGAGAUCACCUCACUGCCUCUCAUUUGCCUUACCCAGACGCACUGUCACCCUGCACCAGCUUCGGCCCUCAGCACUUUUUUCCUCCCGUCUCCGCAUCCCCUUCACCCUCAAAAACCUGACUGAGGAGACAUUCUGGAAGGUUCCGGUCCCACUGUGUGUCCCCUGGCGCUCUCGCCCGCAGAGCGCCAGGCACCAAUCCUCAACGGCACCUUGCUGGCUUCCCCCUGCCGUGACAGCCCCCAGGCCGGGAACCACCAGGGAAGGUAGCGGACAUCCAAUUCCUGUGGACAAGUGGCAUGAGAACAGGAAAGGGGACUCACGUACAGGGUGAUCCAGAAGGACUAUGACGCUGUGGUCAGCCUGCCACCCGCAGGCCCACCAAGCGCUUGGUGAAGAGGACGCCUCGCUCUGCAAAUACUCUGGCGGAGGCUUGAAAACAUCCCCUGGGGGAGUGGCUGUUGGGGGAGGGGAAGGAGAACGGAAAAGGAAGCUUCACGUGUCAGAGACACACCGAGGAUCACAAUCAGUUCUAUGCUGCCAAAGAUUAAAAAAUUAAAAAAUAAAAAAAUAAGAGGGGCCAAGAGGAAGACAUUCUUUCUGCAAUGAAAUCUUUUAAAUUCUCAACUGCUACUACUCAUCACGAGUGAAAAGUCAACCAUUUGUAAAUUGUUUCCCCUCUUUAUCCCUCAUCCUUAACGUCCCACCUUCUCUCUCAGGCCAGAGCCUGGAAAACUAACCCAUAUGAUGGUCAAGUCGAGGGAGCCAGAGCAGCGCCCCAGCCUCGGGUCCCCGGGGGCGCGGACACGGAGGACAGGCCUGCGGGCAGGGAGCAGGGUGUGCCGUCAGCCCGGUCUGCACGGGUCCGAUCCAAGCCCACCGCACUGAGCUGCGGUCCUGGUGGGAUCUGUAGGAAACGGAAGGUGGGGAUUGCCAAAAGCGCUUCUCUCUUAUUAAAACAAGCAGUAAAAGCG